UCAUUAAGUAGAUUAAUCCAAAUUCAAGAAUUGAUUCUAUACUAGAUUCUCCCUUCCAACCAAGUUUUACGUUAUUUCCAAUCAUUUUCCCAUCUUUAUUUCUUGAUCUACUCCCACAGUUUGAUCUAUUAAAAACAUCCUCUGUGCGCGUUCUUCACAAGCUACACAAUAAUCAAAUUAUUGACACACACACACACACACACACACAAAAACCAACUUCAUUUCCAAACCACAAAAUGAGCCAAAAAGAGAGCAAAACUGGCAGAUUCAUUAAAGCACCCGUUAGGGUUUUGUCCAAAGCAAGGGAUUUUUACGUCAAAAACAUGUUGCGUUGUGCCGGAGAAUUCACUUAUGCCAGUGCCAUGGGAUGUCCAGCUCCACAACCCACGAGUUUGCCUAGAAGUUUCAGUGUCUCAUCAGUGUCAAGGUCCGAUGAAGACUUCCGGGAGCUUAUUAGGGCUUCUUCUACCCGGAGCCCUACCGGGAAAACUGAGGCAGAGAUUCUCCAGUCGAAACAAUCACCUGGUGUUAAGGUUGUGCCUCGUUCCCAGACAGUUACUAUUGGGAGGAUUGAUGAAGACAAGCCUUGUGAAUUCAUGGAAGACGUCGCGAUAAAUCCGAAUUUGUAUCCAAGAAGUAGAAGCUACGCACCUUCAAGAAGAAGUAAGAUGUUCUGAACAAUCAUUCGAAUGUAUUCAUAAGUGUGUGUAUUUUUGAACAAGCCAAGGAAAAGAAGGAAGUUUCACAGUCAAAUGAAUCAAAAAUCUUAAAAAAUACAUAUGUAUUUA